AGUUAUCCAUUGGCACUCGUGCAUUCAACAUGUUCCAAACGUUGUUCCUCUGCUCGGUUAUUUCGGCGCUGCUGGUGUCCGGCGCCUCGGCGAUCGACGGUGUGAAGGGCCAUCGCGUUCACCAUGAUCGUCCGAACGCAGCCCUCAACAGCACCGUGCAGGCCGGCCUUUGCUACAAGAGGAUACGCUACGCGGAGGCUUUGCAACUCAACUCCACGGGUCAAUUCCCUCGUAAUACCCUCCCCUCCACUCCGCAGGAAGGCACGAAAGGUGGAUGGAUCAUGAUUCUGGACUGCUGCGACGGCUACGAGAGGAACCCCACUUCCGGUGGCUGCGACGCCAACUGCGUCGAGGGUUGCCUCGGCGGGGAGUGCACAGCGCCGAACGUGUGCACCUGUUCGCCAGGCUGGGUCGCUCAGAAAGGCGUUUGCGUGCCGUACUGCGAGCAAUCCUGUCAGAAAGACGCCUACUGCUUCUCCCCCAACGUGUGCACCUGCAAACUGGGCUUCGAGGAAGUGAACGGCGAGUGCAAGCCUAUCUGUCCCGGUGGUUGCAGGAAUGGCGAAUGCGUGGCUCCGCGUGUCUGUAGAUGCAGGGCGGGAUACGUGAUUCAACCUUCCCCCGAAACCAGCACAGGGAUCGAGACCAAGGAAUGCGUACCUGUCUGCGAAAAUGGCUGUCGCAAUGGAGAGUGCACUGCUCCUGGGGUGUGUACUUGUCGCGAAGGAUUCGUUAAUCCCCUCGGUGACACAGAGUCCUGCAUCCCCAACUGCCCUGCGGGUUGCAUCAACGGCGAAUGCGUGUCUCCAGGUGUCUGCCAAUGUAACCCAGGCUUCGUCCUCGAUGCGACCAAUAAAUGCGUCCCAGAGUGUCCUCAAGGUUGCGUGAAUGGCGAAUGCGUGGCCCCGAACGUUUGUAGAUGUCAACCAGGAUUCUCGCUCGAUGCGACCAACAGAUGCAUGCCGGAAUGUCCUCAAGGUUGCGCGAAUGGCAGAUGCGUCGCACCCAACACCUGCAGUUGUGAGCUAGGAUUCACUCUGGACCCCACCAACAAGUGCGUCCCAGAGUGUGUAAAGGGUUGCAUCAACGGCCAGUGCAUCGCUCCAGAGGUGUGUCAAUGUAAACCAGGCUUCACUCUCGAUCCCACCAACAAGUGCGUUCCGGAAUGCACGCAGGGUUGCGCGAACGGCGAAUGCGUGGCACCCGGAAUCUGCAGUUGCAAUCCAGGCUACACGUUAGGAGACAACGACAGGUGUGUCCCAGAUUGUCCGCAAGGCUGCAGCAAUGGCGAUUGCGUGGCUCCAGGCGUGUGCAACUGCAAAUUAGGCUACACUCGCGACUCGAACGGCAGAUGCGUUAGUAUGAGACCGGAAUCGAACGUCGCUGACUGUCAGUUCGACUGUGGUCCAAACGCCAGAUGCGUCGGGCCGAACCAAUGCGCUUGCAAUCUAGGAUUCAAGCUGGAUCCAGACACCAGGAGAUGCAAGCCGCUGUCAAACUCCUUCCAAUGUAGAAACGGCUGCGGUAUCCACGGUGUCUGCGUAGGUCCUGACAUGUGUCUCUGCGACUACGGAAUGGCCGUGGAUCCUAUCACCGGAAGGUGUCCCGAUCCGGCAAACAGCCCACAGACUCAGCCACAUUGCGAAAACGAUUGCGGACCAAACGCCAGCUGCGUUGGCCCCAAUCGUUGCGCCUGUAACACCGGAUUCGUGGUCGAUCCCGACCUCGGAAGGUGCAUCCUCCAAACUGGCGAGCCUAUCUGCGAGCUUCCCUGUCUGAACGGAGAGUGCACUGGUUUGAAUCAGUGCACGUGCCAUCGUGGCUACGCCAUGAGUCCCAGCGACCUCACUCGAACGAGAUGCAUGCCUGUGUGCAUCGGUGGAUGUCACAAUGGCGUCUGUACGGCGCCUAACUUGUGCAUCUGCAAACCUGGCUACAGGAAAUUUUCCCUUUCCCUCUUCGUCAACAUGACAUUUCUCUACGUUCUGCUUCUCAUUGUCUCUCUUAAGAUAACCGAGACAACGAUGUCCUCGUACGAGAAAGGUGUCUGCAGCGUGUUGGUCAGUUACAAAGAAUCGAGGUACGUUCCCUAUCAGGAGACCUAUCAGACCAGGAAAUGGGGAAUCUUUUACAGAACGGAGAGUCGAUGGAAUUUCAAAAAGAAGUAUUACGUCACUUAUCGUGCAGAGAAAAGGUGUUGCUACGGAUACAAGCAAACGGUGAACGGCUGUGAGCCUAUCUGCGAUCCUCCUUGCUUGAAUGGCCACUGUCUGAUGCCCGGUCAUUGCGCGUGCAACGAAGGCUACACCAAAUCCAUGCAAGACGUUUGCGAGCCGAUUUGUUACAACUGCGUGAACGGAGAAUGCGUGAAGCCAGAUGUAUGUCAGUGCGACGUGGGAUACAAAAUGAACGAGGACAACAUCUGCGAAGCCGUCUGCGAGCAAAACUGCGAAGAGAAAAACGCGUACUGCUCCGCGCCGAACCAAUGCACCUGCAAGCAUAAUUACAAGGCUGUGUAUGAUAUCAACUCGGACACCGAUCCUGAAAUUUGCAAGCCGAUCUGCAUGUACGAAUGCUCGAACGCGGAAUGCACCGCGCCCAAUAUUUGCACCUGCAACGAGGGCUACCUGCCACAUCCGCAAAAUUCAUUCGCUUGCGUACCCAAGUGCGAGUGCGAGUUUGGCAUUUGCAUAGCUCCGAACGUGUGUAUCUGCAAUCCUGGAUACAAAAUGAACGAGUAUAACAACUGCGAGCCGAUCUGCAGCGAGGAAUGCGUGAUGGGCAGUUGCAUCGCGCCGGAAGUUUGCAGUUGCUACGAUGGUUAUGGGUUACUAGAGGACUCCAAGUACGUCUGUACACCUAUCUGCGAGAGAGCUUGCCAGCACGGCAAUUGUACGAAGCCCGGCGUUUGUACUUGUCACGAUGGCUAUCGGCAGACCGACGAUGAAACAAUGACGCACAUCUGCACGCCAUUUUGCGAAGAACCCUGCGAACCAUACGGGAUAUGCACCGCACCCAACACCUGUAUCUGUUUGAAUGGUUACGAACUGGUCGAUAAGAGUCAGAGAAACGAUCCGCAUUUCUUCUUCGGUGACUCGGUCUGCAAACCCAUCUGCAUGCAGGGCUGCGUGAACGGCUACUGCCGUUCACCGGGGGAAUGCUACUGCCUCCCAGGCUACGAAACGUCCAGCUCAGGGCCCAACGUCUGCCAACCUUACUGCGAGACCACUUGCAUCAAUGGUCACUGCAGCGCUCCAAACACCUGCGAAUGCGACCCAGGCUAUCUACCUGCGACAGGCAAUCCUGAUGAAUGUGUACCUUCCUGCGAGCAUCCUUGUGAGAACGGUUACUGCAGCGCUCCCAACACGUGCACCUGUGACAACGGUUACCAUCUGAACCCGGACAACUUGUUCGCGUGCGAUCCUAUGUGUACCGAAGAAUGUCAAUUUGGAACCUGUACUGCGCCCGAUAUGUGUACCUGUCAUGAUGGAUACUCCUCGAGAAACGCGACCGUGUGCGAACCUGUCUGCUCGAAACCCUGUGUCAACGGCUUCUGCAGUGCUCCAGAGAUCUGCAGCUGCAACUCGGGCUACAAACUGUCCGAGGACGAUUCUAGCCACUGUAAACCUGUCUGCGCUCAGGACUGCGUCAAUGGAUUCUGCGUCGAGCCGAACAAAUGCGAGCUGCGCCCACGGACGCUGUAG